UCUUCUCCGGAUAUGCCUACUUGGCAGGCUCGAAUGCGAAGGCUAUAUUAUACAGGGCGCUCAAAAAACGGACAAAAAUCGAAUUAAAAUGAAGAUUUUUUGUGAUUUGAGGGAAAAAACUUGACAUAAACUACGUGUUGAUGUAUCAGGAUGUCGGAGAAGAGAGACGAGAGGGGAGAAAAGCUCAUAACAGGCGCGAGGAAGGGUGAACUUCAAGGGCUCUUGGUGAGUUGUGAUUUCUUGGCCCUUGUCGUAUUGUUUUUGCACGCAACGUUUUUCAUGUGAAGGCGUACACCGAUUUCUCCCAAAUUCACGCAAGAUGUACAGUUUUAUCUGUAGUCCCACGUAGUGUUUAAACUUUCUCGAUCCCUCCUUUUCCUGAGGUGUGUGCCAAGCUGUUUAUUAAACGUGUACAAAUACAAUUUAUUCAAAUAAAAUGCUGAAAUAUAUUCAUCGCCACAACUAAUUACUUGAAGAAAUCGCCCAUUCAAGGUGAAUUCUAUAAAGAGCUACAAAAGGAAAAGGCUUUAGUUGUGAUAGUUUCAUAGAAAUGUGUACAUUUUGUGACGAACUUGAGCACGAAACGAAGUUUUAAGGUCAAGACAGCAAAGACUUUUAUAGAAAUUUGUAGACAGCAUAUUUUCCUUUUAUAUUUUGUCUGUCUGGCGCUUUAAUUGCCUUUUGUGUAAAUUAUUAUAUUUUCUAAUAAAAACUGGGUAUGUUCUGGUGUCUUUUAGGUUUUCAAACCCUCAGGGAAUGCCUCUUGCAUUUUAGUGUACCAAGAAAUAUCAAUUUGCAUGAAAAUAUUGCCAUAAAUAGUCGCAAAAAUACAACUUGUCAACAAGACGUUCAAGUGAUUAAAAGCUUUAUUUACAUGUAAAAUGUAAACAGAAUCGCUCUGUUACAGAGAAAAUAUUUAGGUUUUUCCAACUUGAGACAAAGGGAGCUCUCCUUUACUUGCAAAGAUAAUAUUUUUAGAACAACUUUAAUGAACAUUCUGAAUUUAUCCCUUUAAAAUACUAGAAAUUCGCUAGAAAAACGAAAAUGAAAAACAAACUUUGUUAUUAAAAAUUGACAUAGGUUCAUUCUUAAUUUCUCAAAAUUGUUGACUAUUGGUUCUUCUCUUUCCUUGGAUGUCAGUUUAAGCAAUAAUUGCAAGGAUCAAGGCGUUUAAAUAGAUAACGCUGUUUUGGUUUGUUUUCUAGGAAGUAAUUUGAGACUUGCACAGCAUGUCAAUAGGUCAAAAUGUGUGUAAUGCACAUAUCAACGGCCUGCCCGGGGGGUACACCCCCGGGACAACCGGGGGGAAACGAGGGUGAAUUUGGUGUUUUAUCCGUGUAUUCUGCCCGUGAACCCCGGGGAAAUUACAAACUUUGCAAUAAUAGGACGACGGGGGGAGGGGAAGUAGGGGACUUUGACGUGACAAUUUGAAUUUUAUAAAUGUAGUGAACAAUUGGUGCGAACUCAAAAUCGCAGGCUCACGGAGAAAAAUAUCGAUCGCCAACUUAUUAUUUAUGAUAUUUUGUAGUGGUCUUGCUAAAAUUUGAAUAAAUAAAUACAGAAUACAUGAGUGCCAUUGUGAUACCCCAUGUUAUUUUCAAGGUGUUAGCCAGAAAAAAAGUUUUGUCCGUUCAACGUAAAUUGGGGAAAAAAUUUUUUGACUGAUCAAAGUCCUUGUGUAGGAAUAAAUAGUGUUUUUUUUUCAGACAGUUUUUUUCUUCUAUUUCAUUUCCGGUGAAUGAACACGGAUGCACACCGAUGGGACUUUGUUUUGUACAUUUCAUUUCAGUGAAUACACACCCAAUAUGAAUGAAACGCGAUACAUUUUGAGAAAAUAGUUAAUGGAAAGUAAAUAAAACGUUGUUUGAUAUAAUAAUAUAAAAUCAAAUGCAAUGCACUUUAUCAUCAGAAAAAAUGAAAAUCUUCCAGUAGACCCAGUUGGGAAAGCCCCUUAACUACUUCAAUUGGGAAGAGUCCGUCAAACGGACAGUAUAUUGGCUAGCUAACACCCUGAAUUUUUAAUUGUUUGUAUGCUAUUUAUAUUAUGAACUACUUUAUUCUAAGCCCCAGGGGGAAGGGCAGUUUGACUUACACAUUUCCCGGGGGAGGGAGGGGUAAUUAAUGCAUUAGAAUCAUGUUUUUUCAAAGUCCCGGGGGUGUACCCCCAGGGCAGGCCGUUGAUAUGUGCAUAAAGUUGACUAUAGAUUAUGAACCCAAUGAUUAAUUUGCUAAGCUAUCAAUCUCUACUAUAAAUUGGGCAUAUUACUGUAUAUAGUAGUGCACUAUAGUUUAUUAAUACCUAGCAACUUUUCCGUCCAUUGAAAAAAGCUAUUUAUCGCUUCAAUGCAUCAAUUGAAUCUGAUUGGAUCAGUGCCAAUAUUGGUGUUUUUAGUGAUUUUUUUAGGAUCAACUGUCCUGUUUUGAUGGCUGAUCCAUCAUCUGUCUUUGUGUCAACACAUGACAAGCUAUAUGCAGAUGAACUAGCUAGAAUACUGCUUUAUUUACUGACAAUGGUUUUGUGUCUGAACCAAACCUAAUAUGUACUUGUUAAGCCUCGGUCAAACAAGGAUGUAGACUUGCUCCAAGUCUCUCUUUCAGUCUUUCAUUGUCAUAUAGUAUCGAUCCACUAUAGUGUACAUUACAUGACGUAGUACGGAGGGGCGGAGCGAGAAAGAGAGACUUGUCAAUUCGGAAAAUCUCGGUUCAAAACUGAACCAAAAAGGCAAGACUUGCUUUAAUUCUUAAUUUUCCUUCAAUUUCUUUCUGUAUUAUUUACUAUAAUGGAACUCAUGUUAUUUACACUGUGCUAGAUCAAUACAUAUAAACACUGACAGAAAACGAUUAAAGCGAGUCUUGCAUUUUCGCUUCAGUUUUGAACCGAGAUUUUCCGAAGUUGACAAGUCUCUCUUUCUCGCUCCGCCUCUCCGUGCUACGUCAUGUAAUGUACGCUAUAGUGGAUCAAUACUAUAUGACAAUGAAAGAGAGACUUGAAGCAAGUCUAACAAGGAUGUUGAGUAGUUGAUGAGAGUUGACAGUCGCGCAUUGUUACAGGAGACAUUUCAAGCUCUAGAUUAGCAAAAUAAAGGUUUAAUGAGUAUUCCAACUAGGUUUUAACUUCAAUAGAAUCCAUGAUAGUGUUGGGAAAGCAUUAAGAACAGCUAAUCGUGUGACUGCAAACUCUCAUGCAUUUUUGUUUCAUCUGGGGUUCAGUUCAUCUAAUGCCACAUUAUACACAUAGACAUUAUAUACAUAUGAUCAGACAACCUAUACUGGUAUCCAUGCAGUAUCAUUUCUUUGCUGAAGCUUAUAUGGGUUUAUAUUUUAAGGACAUAAUCAAUGCUAAAGAGCCUUCUUCAAGUGAACUUAAUGUCAAUUAUAAAGGUGAGAUUAGCUAACAGAAUAAAAUUUUAAUUUGAUUUUUGCCCAUUUUUUUAACCUGAUUGAACUGAUUCUCAAUUCACGUUGUUUUGUGACAGGGAAGACAAAGUCGUCAUUUGGAUGGACAGCUCUUCACAUGGCUGUACACCAUGAACAUCAUGAAAUUAUGGAGGCAUUAAUAACAGUACGUUUUCGAAUAGGGGUUGUCCACACCUUGUAGCAACUACAAUAACAGCAUUGUUACAAGUUGUUGACAAGCUUGUGAGAUUUUUACGUGUUUAAUGUUGUGUUGUGUUGACUGUGUAGGCGGGAGCAGAUGUAAAUAUGAAAAGUGAUGGUGGUGACACAGCUUUACAUAAAGCAGCCAUGAUUGGGAAAGAGGUUUGGAUUCUUUCUGUCAUUUUGAACAGUUGCUUUCAAUGUAAUUAUUGUUGUUUUGUAAAGUGCUGUAAACUUGUGAUUUUGGAUAGGAUUUUGUGACAACUCUGCUUGAAAAUGGCGCCAAUCCCCUGAUCGUAAACAGUGAAGAAAAGACGGCCUCACAUUUGGCCAAGAAUGAUGCGGUGAAAACUCUGUUGCAAGGUACAUCACAAACAGACACAGACAAAAGAACAGAGUGAACAGACAGGCUGACUGGACAGACAGACAGACAGACAGACAGACAGACAGACAGACAGACAGACAGACAGACAGACAGACAGACAGACAGACAGACAGACAGACAGACAGACAAUAGAUUGUACAGAAAGAUACAAUAGAUUGUACAGACAAACAGUCCAAGUGAACAGCCAGACUAGAUUGUACAGACAAACAGUCCAAGUGAACAGCCAGACUAGAUUGUACAGACAAGCAGACAGAAUGUAUAGACCCAAUAGAUUGUACAGACAAAUAGACAGAGUGAACAGACAGACAUAAUAGAUUGUACAGACAGAUUGACCCAAUAGAUUGAACAGACAAACAGACAGACCCAAUAGAUUGUACAGACAAACAGACAGAUUAACACAAUAUAUUGUACAGACAAACAGACAGAGUGAACAGACAGACAAAAUAGAUUGGACAGACAAACAGACAGAUUGACACAAUAGAUUGAACAGACAAACAGACAGACCCAAUAGAUUGUACAGACAAACAGACAGAUUGACACAAUAUAUUGAACAGACAAACAGACAGAGUGAACAGACAGACAAACACAAUAUAUUGUACAGACAAACAGACAGACCCAAUAUAUUGUACAGACAAACAGACAGAUUGACCCAAUAGAUUGUACAGACAAACAGACAGACCCAAUAUAUUGUCAGACAGAUUGACACAAUAGAUUGGACAGACCGUGGACAGACAAACUGAACAGAUAGACGCAAUAGAUUGAACAGACAAACAAACAGACCCAAUAUAUUGUACAGACAAACAGACAGAUUGACACAAUAGAUUGGACAGACAAUCUGAACAGAUAGACACAAUAGAUUGAACAGACAAACAGACGCAAUAGAUUUGAACAGACAGACACAAUUGAUUGUACAGACAGCCUGGCUGAACAGACAGACACAGACUGCCCAAGCAAACAGACAGACAGACUAAACAAACAAGCUGACUGAACAGAUAUGGAGGUUGGAAAACUUUUGUUUCCUACAGAAGCAGAAAGGGAAGAACAAGAUAAAAUCCAAAGACGAUUCUUUACUGCAGCUCGAGAAGGAAAUACCAAGCUACUGAAGAGUCUGGUAGGUGGAGGUUGCAACAUUUGUCAACUUUGACCCACCAAGAAAUGUCUAAACAAGAUUCUUUUCUUUUCUAGCUCUUUGGAGACCACCCACCAGAUAUCAACUGUACAGAUGACCAGGGGAAUACAGCACUACAUUUGGCAGCAUAUAGGUAUAACAGUUGAUAAAAACCUGGGCCUGUGUACAAAGGCUGGAUAGUGAUAUUUUGAAAACUGUUUAUAUUUUAAACUCUCAAAAUUGGUAUAAGCUGUCUGAAACUGUCUGUUGAUUGGUAUAACCCAGAUUAAACUUUAGUAUUUGUAAAUUAAAGUUUCUGUUUAUAAUUUGUGAGGUCCGCAUCCGUAAUUUUAUAGCUUUAUAAGGAUUUUUACAACCGUUGAAAAAUUCAUUAUUCGGUGGAUAGCUCAUUAUCCUGCCUUCCUACAACCAGCCCCUGAAUUACAGUAGUCGCGUUGUCUUUCCACGUGUGAGAACAAAUUUUUCUUCUCUUGCGUAGAGGAAAGAAGGAAGUGGCAAUCAUGUUACUACAGAAUGGUGCGAAUCCAGCGUACAAGAAUAACAAUGGUAUGUUGUUGUUUUAAUUUGCUGAUAAAGAAGACAAAUGUCUUAGACAAUCGUCUGUUUACUUUAUAUUUCCAAUGUUGUUCCAGGUCAGACAGUAUUGCACUUAACGGAUGAUUUAAAAAUGAAGAAACUACUGGAUGUCCAACCUUCGCAGGUUUGUAAAUAUUGUGAAAGCCAAAUUUACACUACACAACUUUUGCCUAAAACUGUCACAUGCAACCUGCUUACAACUUGAGCUGCACUGUGUAAAUCAAACACACAACUCAACUACGUUGUUGUAGAUGAGUUGUGUGCUUGAUUUACUCAGUUCAAAAGCAGGUUGCAUACUUGCAUGCGCCUGUUUUAUACAAAAGUUGUGUAGUGUAAACUUAGCAUGCAACACUAUGUUUAGCCUUUGCAGCAUUUGUACACCAUUUGUAAUGUACAUAUUUUAUCUUACAGAUUUCUCGAAGUAAUUCUUUCCGCAAAUCAACAAAAUCCUUUAAGGUAAUUACCACCAAAUCUUGUUUAGUAAUCAGAACGUUGAACUUUCAAUGCAUAUGAUACUUUCGUGUCCCCCAGUUGGUAAUUUUGUUUUGUGCUAUAUUUAACUCCAGGCUUGGCAAAAAGUUGCGCCCAAGUUUGAAGGAUACCUGUUAAAGAAAUCGCGUUUUUUCGGCUGGAAGAAAUACUGGGUUGUUCUUGAUAAUGGUCAUAUAUCAUGGUUUUCCAAGAGGUAGUCAUUUCAAGAACUAUCACCAGGCUUCUUUUCCUGCAAUAUGCAGUUAAUGUGAUCGUAAUUUGGUAAAACGUGUUUUGUUUGUGUUAUUUUUAGGGUGGAUUCUGUCAGUGGUACAAAACGUCAAGGACUGAGACAUCUAGAGAAUUCUGUAUUUGCUGUACGUUUUAUUUUUAAUCUUCGGGUAGAUCAGAAUUAGCUUUCAUUUUAAGAUUAUCACCUCGUAACAGCAAUAAUUUUUCAGGUAUCGAAGAAAGACGAGCAUAAAAUCAAGAUGCAGUUCUCUGACAAUUCUAUCCUGCUUUGGAGCGUUAAAUCGGGUUUAAAUACCGUAUCCAGACAGGUGAGAUGGGGUCCUGUAAUAUUCAGUUAUUUGAUUACAAUUUCACUUCAGUCACAUGUGAGAAAAGUGCUUUGACCCUACCAACACCUAAACUAAAUUAAUUUUAUUUAUACUGAUAGAGCUAUCCAGUAUAAAUAAAGUUAGUUUAGUUUAGGUUUCCUCCUGUAGUAACACUGGAUCAAUAAGAGAUGAUCCUUACUAGACCUCUAGGAAGAACAGUUUAGAACUGAUAGAGGUAUCCAGUAUAAAUAAAGUUAGUUUAGUUUAGUUUAGUUUAGUUUAGUUUAGUUUAGUUUAGGUUUCCUUCUGUAGUAACACUGGAUCAAUAAGAGAUGAUCCUUACUGGACCUCUAGGAAGAACAGUUUAGAACUGGCAGAGCUAUCCAGUAUAAAUAAAGUUAGUUUAGUUUAGGUUUCCUCCUGUAGUAACACUGGAUCAAUAAGAGAUGAUUCUUACUGGAUCUCUAGGAAGAACGGUUUAGAACUGAUAGAGCUAUCAAGUAUAAAUAAAGUUAAAACAAAUAUUUUUUUCUUCCUAGUGUUGGCUCAACUCUCUGCAUGAGCAUCAAGCAUACAGUACGUAUUUUAUCAAUCAACCCUCGGUUCUCAUUGACGACGAAUUAGAAGACAAUAUCCUACCUGUGGAAACCAUGGAGAAUGCUCUGAAGGCAAGUGACAAACUGCGUGUUGGUGGCUAUCCACCUUCUAAAGGGUUUCAUUGGAAACGCUCUCACUGGGAAAGUCGUAGUUCAAACACAACCCGUGACGGCUUAAAACACUACUCUGUCUUUUCUCUUUAGGGCGCUCAAGCGCAUCAGAACAUUUUAAAGAAACAAGUCUCACUUGUUGAAGAAUUAUUAAAUGGACUAAGCGAAGACUUGAAACGGUCCAAAAGUAAGUUCCUGCAAGGAAGGCAAAAUAUGUCGCCGCAAAGGGGAGGGAAACUUUGGAGGAAGUUUUCAAAUGUUUCCUGGCUUGGCCAGGGCUUUAAAAAGUUUUGUAAUUAUUUCUAUAUUUUUCUGCGUAUUGUUAGACACGUUUCUCAGUAUUAAAGAGAAGUUAACCCAAGUCUUGGCGUCCGCAAAGGAAAUGUACGGCUCUCUUAAUCAUUGUUUGAGUCUCGUCUCGCAGCAGGAAGAGGUGGGUUACGCAUUCUUUCGUCAGAAAGCGUCACAUGGUAGCAGAUGUGAUAACUACAGUUUGACCAUCUGUGUAGCUACACCCACGUGGUAGUUAUUAGAGAGUUUGGCAACGUAGAACGGCAACGGGGAAAUUAUAUAAUUGCUUAUAUUGUUGUAUUUGAACCAAAGUAUACGUUACUACACUUAAUUUGCCUCUUUAAGUAUUCCUGUUUCUUUCAAACGCAGGCCUUAAAAUAUCGGUCGGUCACGGACAUUGUCCGACCCAUUCGUGAAAUUGUCCGACGUAGAAAAGAAACCACCGGACAUUCUGUCCGACCUAAGUGAAACUGAGGUUUAUUGUUUGUCCGACCCGAGUGAAUUGGUGUCCGACCGAACUGUAGCUUUGUCCGACGUAAAUCAAAAUGUACCCCCGCACAGGAGGCCAUGACUAGAGGCAGGCUUGUAUGUUAAAUGGAAAAUCAGAGUACUAUUGUAUAAAAGGUCAACUGGAAAUGUUGUUUUAACGUAGUCUAGCGCGGGGCGGCCAGCGAAAUGGUGAAGUGGAAAACGGGCUUAAGUUGUCGAAGUCUUUUUCAGGAUACUGCUGUUCUGGCAAGUAUGUAUCAAAGAAACAAAUUAUUUAAUAUCUUUACAACAUUUACCGUUUAUUCAUUUGUGUCAUUCAGACUUAUUUCCGAGUCAAAAAUGAACUGAAGGUCAUCGGACAUAUGUCCGACCCAAUCUCAACGUCACCGGACAUUUUGUCAGACGGCCCUGGAAAAGAUAUUUUAAGGCCUGGGGUAAAACGUACCCUAAAGGAAAAAUAGUCCGCGAAUUCAAAUAAAACACCUCAAAUUACAUCGAACGAAUUAACUGUUAACCGUUUCAACAACUACGGCAUUGCACAACGCUUAAGACCACGUAAUUUACGUUCGUCUUUGUCUUUGAGGAUUAAUGCUAUUGUUGAUGAUCAUAUUGCCGUUGCCCUUGUAUUUGCCAAAUUCUCUAUUACGUUUUCAACGAAGGAGUUUUUUCAGGUGGGGAGAUUUUCACAAAACAGCUUUAUGUCUUGUAGGCGCGCAGGUUGCAGCUUGAUGACGAGGCAGAACGACGUCGAGUGUUGGAGGAUGCGCUUCAUGUAUUAGCCGCUGAACAUCAUGUACUGUCGACAUCGCUUGCACACUUCCCUGAGGUACGAGAUAUUGAAGAACUUUAGAUUUCACGACUUUCGCAUGUAAGUUUAGUUUAGUUUAGGUUUCCUCCUGUAGUAACACUUGAACAAUAAGAGAUGAUCCUCACUGGGCCUCUAGGGAGAACGGUUUAGAUCUGAUAGAGCUAUCCAGUAUAAAUAAAGUUAGUUUAGUUUAGGUUUCCUCCUGUAAUAACACUGGAUCAAUAAGAGAUGAUCCUUACUGGACCUCUAGGAAGAACAGUUUAGAACUGAUAGAGCUAUCCAGUAUAAAUAAAGUUAGUUUAGUUUAGUUUAGGUUUCCUCCUGUAGUAUCACUGGAUCAAUAAGAGAUGAUCCUUACUGGAUCUCUAGGAAGAACAGUUUAGAACUGAUAGAGCUAUCCAGUAUAAAUAAAGUUAGUUUAGUUUAGGUUUCCUCCUGUAGUAACACUGGAUCAAUAAGAGAUGAUCCUUACUGGAUCUCAAGGAAGAACAGUUUAGAACUGAUAGAACUAUCCAGUAUAAAUAAAGUUAGUUUAGUUUAGGUUUCCUCCUGUAGUAACACUGGAUCAAUAAGGGAUGAUCCUUACUGGAUCUUUAGGAAGAACAGUUUAGAACUGAUAGAACUAUCCAGUAUAAAGAAAGAUAGUUUGGUUAAGCAUUGAUUAGUUCAACAUUGUUAAUGAUUGAUUUUUCUUCAGUCCUCAGGCAAGAUGUCAAGUUGGGAGACGAGUGAAGCAGAAGAAUAUUACUCUCCUCAAGAGGAACUUGAUUUCUUGUCUGCCAGCGACCAGGAAGAAAACGAAGAUUAUGACAUUCACAGACCUGUUGUCAAUGGCAACAACGGCGCAGAACAUCAGGCAAAUGCUUUGAACAGCGGCCGAGCUGACUCUGCAUCGCCUGAGUUGAUUCAAGCGAAUGAUUCGUUAUUUGAGUUGCCUGAAGGCAGGCACAGGUAAGUUUGUCAUUCGCUUGUUUCUGCCAGAGCCUCUACGCUUGAGUUUAACAGUUUCAAUUUCUUUUUCUAGAACCAGUCUUCCAGUACCGAUGUUAUCACGUGAUUUCAGUGUUUGGGCAGUGUUGAAACAUUGUAUUGGAAAGGUAACGUCACUUACUGAAUAUCUUUUCAAUAUCUUCCUUGAAUUAGUAUAAUGAAAAGAAUGAACAUUUUCUUACUCUGAUAACUGCAGGUUGACCAUCAUCUGCUGCACGAUACUGCUUAGUGAAAGCCUCCCGUUACAUGAAAACUAAUGCUCGUAUAACUAUUUUAUUUUAUUGCAGGAUCUGUCCAGAAUAACAAUGCCAGGUAGGUCCUUGGUGUGAUGUUUUUUUAAACACAAUCUUUGAUUUGAAAAGUCAGAUCCUUGACAGGUCUUGGUAUCAGGUAUGAUAAAUAAUGUUUAAAAAUGUUCCUAUGUAGUUAUAUUCAACGAACCAAUCACAUUUCUUCAACGUAUCUGCGAGUACAUGGAGUAUGGUCACAUGUUACAAACAGCACAGACGAAAGAUGACCCGCUUGUUAGAAUGCAGGUGAGAUGUUUUGUUUUGGCAGCUAACUUUAUUUAUACUGGAUAGUUCUAUCAGUUCUACACUCUUCUCCCUAGAGGUCCAGUAAGGAUCAUCUCUUAUUGAUCCAGUGUUACUACAGGAGGGAACCUAAACUAAACUAACUUUAUUUAUACUGGAUAGCUCUAUCAGUUCUAAACUCUUCUCCCUAGAGGUCCAGUAAGGAUCAUCUCUUAUUGAUCCAGUGUUACUACAGGAGGAAACCUAAACUAAACUAACUUUAUUUAUACUGGAUAGCUCUAUCAGUUUUUAACUGUUCUUCCUAGAGGUUCAGUAAGAAUCAUCUCUUUUUGACCCAGUGUUACUACAGGAGGAAACCUAAACUAAACUAACUUUGUUUAUACUGGACAGCUCUAUCAGUUCUAAACUGUUCUCCCUAGAGGUCCAGUAAAAGUCAUCUCUUGUCGGUCCAGUGUUACAACAAGAGGACACCGAUUCCCCCCAAAAUUAAACUGGGAUAACGACUGAGAUGAAAUUAUAAUCAGACAACUGUAUAUUGCGGGAAUGGAACCUUGGUCACAGAGAUGACCAACGUCACACGAAUGACACCAUACUAGUGAUCUGGUAAACAAGUAUGGGUGUUUUUUGUUUUAGUAUGUUGCAGCAUUUGCAGUUUCUGCCACUGCUUCAAAUUUACAUCGAGUUGGCAAGCCAUUCAACCCACUGCUGGGGGAAACAUAUGAACUUGUGAGGUGAGAUAUGGAUACUGUCUGGUAGGAUAAUAUCAAAGCAAGGAAAGGAUUAUUGGAUGGGGAAAGGAAUGAUGAAAGAAAGAAAUCCAGGCAGAAUGAAGGAAUAAAAUGUUGAAUGAAAAUAGGAAUAAGGGAACAUGUGUACAUGUAAAAAUUUUACAAGUACAAGUGUCUACAAGAACGGUUUUGUGCAAAAAAUAUUUAGUUAAUGCAAUAAUAUUUUUCUGUUUACUUUACACCAGGGAGGAUCUCGGGUACAGGAUUGUUACGGAGCAGGUAAAGUUGUGGCUGUAUCAACUAGACACAUGUUUAUCCGCGCUGUCAUUCGAUUCAAAUAACAUUCAGAUAACUCACAAGCCUAGCUACCAUAGUUCUGGUAAUAUAAGCAUAGAAUGAAAUAAGAGACACCAGUAUAUGGUAUAUGAGAUUUUCAAAAUUUUUCAUUGUGAUAGGUUAGUCAUCAUCCACCAAUCAGCGCUCUCCAUUGUGAAGGCAAAGGAUAUAAAUUUCAUUGUUCAGUUCAACCGAAACUACGGUUCUGGGGGAAAGGUGUUGAGAUUGUCCCCAAGGGAAUCGUCACUUUGGAGUUCACAGAGUAAGUGAAACAUUGUUUUGUUUUGUGGAAACACCAAAUUCAUUUAUGUAAUGAUUGUGAUCUAUGUACUCCAGUGGAAUUAGUUGAGAUCAGUGGUGAACAGUUUGCGAAAUAUUUUUUUUUGGGGGGGGGGGUUGGUUGCUGACAUGUGACCACUUUUGUAGCUGGGAAUCUUAGUUCUUUCAACUUUUUUUGCUUUAAAUUUCUUGCAAUAUAAAGCUUCAGUUAUUCAGUUAUAGCCUACGAAUGCUUUUAUGGUUGAAAUAUUAUGGUUACAGCUUUGUUACACAGUUAUUCAGAUGUCAUUCGAGAGCCUUCAGAAAUUAUUGGGGGGGGGGCCCCGGUACCUCCUAGUAUCCGCAUGCUACUCUGAGUGUAUAUAUUUUAUAUACUUGUAUAUUUUGUCUUAUAUUUAAGUUUGCAAGAAUCUUACACUUGGAGCAAUAUUAAUGCAUGUGUACAUAACAUCAUUAUUGGACAAUUGUGGAUUGAACAGGUAACUAAGGGGGUUUGAAAGGAUAAGUAUCGGUAAUGUUCUCCCUAGAGGUCUAGUAAAGAGCCAUCUCUUACUCACCUUACUCGGUGUUCCUACAGUUGAAAAUCGGCGUACCAGGAGAGAACCUGCUGUGUUCGGUAGAGUCAAACUAGAAGCACUCUUCUCACAUGGGACUGAGGUGAAAUUAUAAUCCGACAACUACAUAUUGCAGGAAAUCAAUCCUCGUUCACAGAGACGAAAAACACAUGCCCUAACCACUGUCUCACAUCCUUACUUUGAAGUAAAAGUUUGAAGCAAAUAAUGUAUGUCCUCUGUGUUACAGUAUGGUCAAAUGGAGAUCAUGAACCAUGCUCAUGGUGUGAAAUGUGUCGUCAACUUUAAACCUUGUGGCUGGUUUGGCCGGGAGGCAAAUAAAAUUGAAGCCACUAUCUAUAAUAAGAAGUAUGGAAAUAAGUAGUUUAUUUACACCAGACAGCUCUGUCAGCUCUAUUAGAACUGUUCUCAAUAGAGGUCCAGUAACAGAUGUUUCAGAGAACUGACUAGGUGUUAAACACGGUUCGUACAAAACUGGAAUGUCCUUGAAAUUCGAAGACAAAAAUUCAAGGCCUUGAAUGUCUUGGAAUUUGUAAAGAAGUACUUGAAAGUCAUUGAAUUUUUCUUGCUUUAGUUUUUGGAUAUUUUCUGAAAUUGUUUGACAUUCAAAAACGGCCAUUUUGUUGAAUUUAUUUUGCAUGUUCAUAUCUGACAAAGCUGUUUGAAACUCAUUAAAGUUGCGUUUUGAACAUUUCAACGUCAGAUUUUACUGAUUUCUAACCCCUUCUCUUCAGUAUUUAGUGCUUGAAUUUGAUGAUACAUUGAAAGUCUGAAUGUCCUUGGAAAGUCCUUGAAUUUGACUCUCACUCUCACGAACCCUGGUUAAAGACUGAGACAGUUUCCUCAAACAUUUCUUACAAAUCAUUCAACAUUUAGAAUUUACCAAUGCAAAAUUCCUACUGUGAUCACAGAAACUUUGAUAGUGUAAAAAACUAGCCUUAACAUAUUCUCAAAUCUACGUUAUCCAGAGGCGAGAAGGAAUACAUUCUGCAAGGUGAUUGGACAGAUCAACUGUACGGUUACCCAGUAAAACGUAAAUCAAAACCAGAACACGAUUACAAGACUGCUUCAAUGGGUUCAACGACAGGCAGCACCCUCAUAGCUCCGAGUAUUUCCAGCACCAGCGCUGAUAGCUCGGAUGAUGAAUAUGAUGACUGUCGAGUUCUCCUGUGGAAAGUCAACCCCCGGCCACCUAACUCCAAAGAGGUAAACUUGAUGUGAUAAGCUGAUGUUCAGGGGGGGGCACAAUUCAGUUCUCCUGUGGAAAGUCAACCCCCGACUAUCAAACUCUAUGGAGGCGAAGUUAAAGGCAUAGGCUGACAUUCAAGGGGGGAUGACUCCAAUUUUCUAUAUAGAGUGAACCCCCCGGCCAUGAAACUUUAAGGAGGUGAAGUUAACGUUAUAGUUUGACUUUCUGGGGGGAACACGACCUCAUUUCUAAAAUGUUUCUCAUAUUUUUAGAUGUACAACUUUACGUCGUUUGCGAUGCAAUUGAACGAGCUGCAUGAAGAUCAAGCUGAAAGGGUGAGUAGACGACGCAAGCUUUCUGUGCAAAAAAUAUUUUUGUCUCAUGAAACGUGUAUUUUUCAGCUUCCUCCAAGCGAUGCCCGACUGAGACCAGAUGUUCGCGCAUUGGAAACAUUAGAUAUAGGUAUGCCAUUCAUUAUUCUACAAUAGCCUUCAGGCAGUAGGGUAUCUGGCACCCUCUUAACCCCGCGCC